GAGUGGAGUUCUGCGUCGACCGUUGACGCGAGCGGACGCUUUCGAAGGUUUCUAAGAAGUGUGUGCGUGCUCCAGAAAGCAAUUUCUUUCCCAUCGAUCGGUUGCUGUGUGGUCUAGAUUCCGUGUUCAGAUCGAUCUGGUUCCUUGAAGGAAUCGGUCACAAAUUGCAUUCCACCACGAACGGAGUGAGUGAAUGUGUGGUGGAGAAACAAGCGCCUAAUCGAAGGUAGAUUCGGUUUACAAACCGGCAAGGUUGGAGGUCGGCUAGUGAUUUAGUUUUUUUUUUUCGUCGUCUGGAGUGAAGUUACUGGAGCACAGCACAACGAUGGCAGUCGAUCAUACCUUGGAGCAGUUGAUGGGAAUGUUGGGCGACUUCGGUCGUUACCAGGCGUUCCAGUUUGUGCUGCACCUGCUCGCGGCAGUAACGGCCGGUGUACACAUGCUUUCCCUGGUGACGGUGGCGGCCAUCCCGGAACAUCGAUGCUUCAUCGAUGGAGUCGAUUCGUUGAACGGCACCGGUGGUACGAUGCUGGACUUUGAUGCCCUAAGGGAGUACAUUCCGUUGAACAAAGAUGGCGAACUGGAUUCCUGCUCGAUUUACCAACAGUCAGGGGCGUUGGCGAAUGCGACGGUUGCCUGCAGCGCUUACGUUUAUAACACCACCUACUACCAGUCCUCGAGGACGAUGGACUGGGAUUUGGUGUGUGAUCGCCGGUGGAUGGGUGCUUUGGGGCAAACUAUUUACAUGCUGGGAGUGUUCACUGGAGCCGUUUGGUUGGGUGGGCUUGCCGAUAAAAUCGGCCGGAAGAAGGUAUUCUGUUGGUCCGGUUUGUUGCAGUUGAUUCUCGGAGUGGGGGUUGCUUUUACCCCGGAGUAUUAUUCCUUCCUGGUGAUACGAUAUUUGUACGGUAUCUUCGGUAGUGCCGGUAGCUAUAUCACUGGAUUUGUGCUGACGAUGGAACUUGUUGGACCAAGCAAACGAACUCCUUGCGGUAUAUCUUUCCAGGCUGCAUUUGCUGCAGGAAUCAUGCUGGUCGCUGCCUGGGGAGCCGUCAUUCCUAAUAGACUACUCUUACAGGUGGUUUACGGACUGCACGGGUUGUUAUUAAUUGCCCACUGGUGGGUUAUGGAUGAAUCUCCACGUUGGUUGUGGAUGCAGAAUCGGAAGCGUGAAGCUAUCGACAUUAUUGCUAAGGCAGUUCGAUUGAACGGACGAGGCUUGAGCGUCGAUAAGGAAUACUAUCUGUCGAAGGAUAAGUCCAACUACGACAUGGAAGCUACUCCGAAAGCCAGUGCUGGAUUAAGCGACCUGUUCAAGACUCCGAAUCUCCGGAAGAUGACCCUAAACGUAUGCCUCUGCUGGUUUGCUAACUCAAUCACGUACUAUGGUUUAUCGCUCAGCUCUGGCAAACUUGGUGGAAACCCAUUCCUCAUUCUGUUCUUGAUGGCUCUGGUGGAAAUGCCCAGCUACGUCGCCAUUAGUUUUCUGCUGGAUAAACUGGGACGUCGCUCGAUUACCAGUUCGCUGAUGAUUGUCGGUGGAAUUUGCUGUAUUAUAGCUGCCUAUCUUAACCGGGGAAGUAUCGAAUCAACCACAAUCGUAAUGUUCGGUAAGCUGUUCAUCGCCGGAUCAUUCGCGGUAAUCUACAACUAUUCGGCCGAGCUGUUCCCAACCGUGGUGCGUAAUUCCGCAAUGGGUCUCGGUUCGAUGUGUGCUCGUUUAGCCGGUGCUUCGACACCGAUGAUCAUCCUGUUCGAUUCGUUUGAUCCGAAAAUUCCGGCAGUAAUUUUCGGUGUGAUUUCACUGAUUUCCGGAAGUUGGGUUCUAUUUUUGCCAGAAACUAACGGGAAGCCAAUGCCACAGAGUUUACAGGAUGGGGAAAACUUUGGCCGUGGUGAUACCGCUUUCUCGAGCUGUCUGGGACGAAAUAGGACGCACAUGGAGGAUAUGCCACCGGCCCAGCAGAUGGUUCCAAUGCAGACGAUUGAGCGGUAAACGGAGUGCAGCUUUCUCGUGAGUGAGGUGAUCUAGUUUUAAUAGUUUGGACGAAGAUGGAUGUUGUGUAUUGCAUUUGGUUGGAUGAUCUAGCAAAAGUUAUUACCUUCUACGGUGGGAUUUUCUGUUUGAAUGUAGUGUCCGAACGAGUAUUGUGAAAAUAGAUGUAUAAAUGUUUUAGAUUAAGCAUAAAUUGUAGAAGCAAUUGACUUUAGAAAAAAUAUAUUCAAUUGAAAUACAUUUUAGUUUACUGCAUAA